CGUGAAGAUGCAUCAACGUCUCUCUGACUUUUAUUUCUAUCCUGGCGAAAACACAAGGUAAUUAAUUAAAAAUACAAACACAAUGGCGCCUAUAAGAAGAUAUCUGCGAAUCACAAAAUAUUCAGUAUUAGAAUGCCGCAUCUACUUGGACAAUCCGUCGCUGGCACAAUCAUGGCUCCUCAAUCCGCGAUACGAUAUCUUGCCCCAGGUUAUUGAGAGCAUAAAGCCUCUGGUGCUUCCGAAGCUGUUAGAAGAGAAGGAGAGAGAACGAAUGAAGAAGAAGUCAACCAAAAAGGCCAAAGUAAAGGAUGUCGUUGUCAAAGACGAUUUUGAAGUAUCAAUGUUUCUGAUGGAGACGUCGACGCGGCACUCGCUGUUGACUAAGAAAAAGCAUUUUAGAGAAAAGCUACCGGCUAGAAUACAGUCCAAUGCCUCACGACUAGUUGGAGAGAACAGCCCCCCGCCAAACUUGGAUGAGGUGGCAUAUCAACCGAUCCGCAUUGAAGAUGAUAGUGAUGGUGAAACGGGACUGAACCUGGACGAUAUCCCAUCAAUAGAGGAUGCAAGAUUAAGCAAACGGGACAGAAGUGAAUUAGGCGACGCUGCCCACUCUGGGCUUGAUAUUGACGACGCCAUUGACCUAGAGGAUGAACUCGAUGCACCACCAGCGAAGCGACUGAGACCGAGAGGACUAGGAUCCGAUUCAGAUUCAGAAGACGCCAGCGAGGACAAGAAAAAGCUGGCUAUGGACGUUUCAUAUGAAGGUUUUGCUAUUUACGGCCGUGUACUCUGCUUGGUUGUAAAGAGACGGCAGGCGAAGGCUCCAGCCAGCGUCAACAGCGCCCAAGGACAAGCCAAGAUGGAGAAUUGGAUCACGUCGACGCAAGUCCCAGUGGGCCAAGAAGAUUCAUAGACACAAAGCUGGCAUUAAAAAUAUGCUUUGGCAAUAAUGAAAAAUCCGUUUAUACCAUGUUGCCAGAUUCAUUCAACCCCCGCAUAUCCCGAGCAAGUAUUACAGCACGGCUGUGCAGUCACGGCAUAUGCGGCCAAUAGGUCGCUGGUGGAACCAAUACCUAGCUAUGGCGUCUGCAAUAUAGGACGAUCGCCACGAAAACGGGCGAUUUGGAAAGCAAACAGUGACAUCAGCGUCUCACAUGACGGCUGUUUUAAUUGAAACCAUAGUAAAUGAAUGAUAUCCCGUCUUUGGCGUUUCUAUAUCCACUCCUCUUUCUGUUGAGAACCGUGGCGGUAAACCGCAUGCGCCGCUGUUCAAUGCUGCGCCCUUGAGACAGGAAGCGAAAGCGCCGCACACCGUAUUGCCUUUCAACACGGACGUGAUGCGGCCCGUUAUCCACAACAGUACACGUCAUUAGAAGCCACCCGAGAAACGUGGGUUGCUCUGGGGCGGGAGGAUGCUCGCAAGCCGCUCUACAAUUAGCUCCACGUAGCAUAAGGCUGUAUGAUUAUGGCCUCAAUACCUGAUAGUCUGAGCCCUACACGAGGCUUAGCUCCGUGAUUUGGCGCGCGUUGUUGACGUUUACCCAGUACCGCUGCCCAACCCAAAAAUAACACAUGCAGGUUGAGGGGGUGUAUGAGGCCGAACGAGGCUGCGAGGUGAGGUACACCAGAGCAAGGUACCAGCCCAAGUGUACCUUGGCUUCAGUCCGUCAACACGCAGGUAGGUGGUCAUGAGGACACGGCCAUGCAUGCAUAUCUCCGCCUGCCGAUAACCCUCGUCGCCUGUCAUGCUGACCUCGCUGUCGCAAUGACGGUAACCACAGCACCACGCUGCCUCGGCACUGAUGGUUGGUUCUUUGUUAUUUUCGCUCUUGCUUUGUUUGCCAAAAAAGUACGAAGGAUUUACUGGGGUCAGAUAGUGAUCAGCGGAAGGGAAUCGUAUGACAUGGUCACACUCAGUGACUGGCUAGGUUAGCGGAUGCAUCGGAUGGAAAUCCUCACAAUGCAGACAUUCUACCAGGGCUGAGUCCAAAUGUCGUGUCAGCAUUGCCUACAGAGCAAAUAGAAACACCACGGGAACUGCGGAAGGUCCGCAUACCGGACGGUUAAGCAAAUAACGUUAUUGUAUUGCCGAGCUGUCUCCGCUUGGCGACGGCCAUUUGGCGCAAGACAGGCAACCACAAAGAAUCAAACGCUGCGCCACGGGUAUUGAAUGAGAAUGCGGCUGGCCGUGGAUGGAGCUUACCUGUAGACAGAGGCUUGCAGGCAGGCGCACC